AUGGGUGCGUACAAGGACGCACAUACAAACCCUCAGGGGCCCGGAGAUGGACGUCCAACAGCCAUGCAGAUCAUCCGUGAUCAGUCUCUUGAGGGCAAACUGAAAGGCAAGGUGAUUGUCAUCACCGGAGCCAACUCGGGCAUUGGUCUUGAAACGGCACACGCCCUAUCUGCGACUGGCGCGACGUUAUAUCUGACCGGGCGCGACAUGCAGCGCGCGGAAGCCGCUAUCGGCGAUAUUCUAGAGCAUGAUCGUGUCUCACUUGUCAAAAUGGACAAUACCUCAUCUGCUAGCAUUCGAGCAGCGGCAGCGGAGAUCCUUGAGAAGUGUCAAGGGAAAAUCAACAUUCUUAUCGAAAACGCUGGGGUGAUGGGGAUCGAGACUCUCACCUUGACCCCGGAAGGACAUGAGACGCUCUUCGCAACAAACCACCUGGGUCACUUCCUGCUCUUCCAACUUCUGAAGGAUGCAUUGCUGGCCAGCUCGACCCCGGCUUUCCACUCCCGAGUGGUUGUCGUCGCAUCGUCGGCCCACCGGGCGGCCGGGGAUCUUCACGACAGCGACAACUAUAGCUUCCAAAAGGGUGGGUAUAACCAUGGCCUCGCAUAUGCCCAAUCGAAACUAGCCAACGUAUACAUGGCCAAUGAGCUCGAGCGCCGCUACGGUGGUCGAGGACUGCACGCUACAAGCCUUCACCCAGGCGCAAUCGACACGAAUCUGUCCAGACACCUGGACAGGGAAGUUGUGGAGCAGAUCAGGAGUCUUGAGAAGGUCGCCAAAGUCAUGAAGAGCCCGGAGCAAGGCGCUGCUACCACCGUUGUCGCUGCGGUGGGGAGAGAAUGGGAGGAUAAAGGAGGUAAGUAUCUGGAAGACUGCGAAGAAGCCAAGCGCGGGGAGGAUGACGGUGACGUCUUUGGGAUCGGUUUCGUUCGCCAGACGUAUGACCCAAAUGAUGAACUACGGCUGUGGAAAGAUUCACUUGAUAUGAUUGGAAUGAAGGACGACGUUUGGAGGUGA